AAAGGGAGAGGCUGCGCAGAGCGGAGUUGUUGCCGUCGUCGAGGCCCAGCAGGGAUGUCGGGAAGCCGGCAGCCGCCCCAGCACUCCGCGGCCCCCCAGGGCUCUUCCUCUUCUUCCUCGGUGACCACUUCGGCCUCUUCGGCCACCGCCCCGGGCUCCUCGUCCUCCUCGUCGUCGUCCCUGGGGGCCCCUGCGCGGCCUGUGCUGGUGGCGGCCGCCGUCUCCGGCUCUUCCAGCGGCGGCCUUUCGAGGCUGGCGGGGGCUGCCCGGGCCGGGGCUGGAGGAGGAGACGGAGGAGGAGGGGGAGGAGGCAACAACAGCAGGAAGAGGCCUCUGCUGACCCCGCUCUGCAAUGGCCUCCUCAACUCCUACGAGGACAAAAGCAACGACUUCGUCUGCCCUAUCUGCUUUGAUAUGAUUGAAGAAGCAUACAUGACAAAAUGUGGGCACAGCUUCUGCUACAAAUGCAUUCAUCAAAGCUUGGAGGACAAUAACAGAUGUCCAAAAUGUAAUUAUGUUGUGGAUAACAUUGACCAUCUUUACCCCAACUUUUUAGUGAAUGAGCUUAUUCUUAAACAGAAGCAAAGAUUUGAGGAAAAGAGAUUCAAAUUGGACCAUUCAGUGAGUAGCACCAAUGGUCAUAGGUGGCAAAUAUUUCAAGAUUUGCUGGGAACAGAUCAAGAUAAUCUUGAUUUGGCCAAUGUUAACUUAAUGUUAGAACUUCUGGUCCAGAAGAAAAAACAACUGGAGGCAGAAUCCCAUGCUGCCCAGCUACAAAUUUUGAUAGAAUUCCUGAAGGUUGCCAGGAGAAAUAAAAAAGAGCAACUGGAGCAGAUCCAGAAGGAGCUGAGUGUUCUGGAAGAAGACAUUAAGCGAGUAGAGGAAAUGAGCGGCUUGUAUUCACCAGUCAGUGAGGACAGUACUGUUCCUCAGUUUGAAGCUCCCUCACCUUCACCCAGUAGCAUUAUCGAUUCUACAGAAUACAGCCAGCCUCCAGGAUUCAGUGGCAGUUCCCAGACUAAGAAACAACCGUGGUAUAACAGUACAUUAGCAUCAAGGCGGAAGAGGCUUACAGCUCAUUUUGAAGAUCUGGAGCAAUGCUACUUUUCUACCAGGAUGACACGAGUAUCAGAUGACAGCAGAACCUCAAGCCAGCUGGAUGAAUUUCAGGAGUGCCUUUCCAAAUUCACCCGUUAUAAUUCUGUCCGACCCCUGGCAACGCUGUCUUAUGCUAGUGACCUCUACAAUGGAUCCAGUAUAGUGUCCAGUAUUGAAUUUGACCGGGAUUGUGACUAUUUUGCCAUUGCUGGAGUGACAAAGAAGAUUAAAGUCUAUGAAUAUGGCACAGUGAUUCAGGAUGCAGUUGACAUUCAUUAUCCUGAGAAUGAAAUGACUUGUAAUUCCAAAAUCAGCUGUAUCAGCUGGAGUAGUUACCAUAAAAAUCUCUUGGCCAGCAGUGACUAUGAAGGUACCGUCAUCUUGUGGGAUGGGUUCACAGGGCAGCGGUCAAAGGUCUACCAGGAGCAUGAGAAAAGGUGCUGGAGUGUAGACUUUAAUUUGAUGGAUCCUAAACUCUUGGCUUCUGGCUCUGAUGAUGCAAAAGUGAAACUGUGGUCGACUAACCUGGACAAUUCAGUUGCAAGUAUUGAGGCCAAGGCAAAUGUGUGCUGUGUGAAAUUCAGUCCAUCCUCUAGGUAUCAUCUCGCCUUUGGUUGUGCAGAUCACUGUGUUCAUUACUAUGAUCUUCGGAACACUAAGCAACCAAUUAUGGUCUUCAAAGGACAUCGCAAAGCUGUUUCAUAUGCAAAAUUUGUUAGUGGAGAGGAAAUAGUCUCUGCGUCAACAGACAGUCAACUAAAGCUGUGGAAUGUAGGGAAGCCACACUGUUUGCGUUCCUUUAAGGGUCACAUCAAUGAGAAGAAUUUUGUAGGUUUGGCAUCUAAUGGAGACUAUAUCGCCUGUGGAAGUGAAAAUAACUCCCUCUACCUGUACUACAAGGGCCUCUCAAAGACACUACUAACCUUCAAAUUUGACACUGUCAAAAGCGUCUUGGAUAAGGAUCGUAAGGAGGAUGACACAAAUGAAUUUGUCAGUGCUGUGUGCUGGAGGGCACUGCCAGAUGGGGAGUCUAAUGUGCUAAUUGCUGCUAACAGCCAAGGUACAAUUAAGGUUCUGGAGCUGGUAUGAAAGGUGUUCUGUCUCUUAAGGCUUUGAAUACUUGAUUCUUCUUUCAUCUGAGAUGCUCAGUGAGGCACAGAACUGAAGCUAACUUGCUCUUCCUUCUUAGAGUGGUCAUAUUUUGAAGAGUUUCUUUUCAUUAUGGACACUAUUAGGUCAUCUUGGUACUUGGAAUUACCAGUGGAAUCAGUACCAUCAACAUUAAUUCCACAGACUUUGCUGCUGCUGACUCUGUUGCUUAUCUAAUUUUUAUGAUGGGGGGGAGGAUAAAUGGGUUCUUUUAAAUAAAAGCUGAUACUGAAAAAAUAAUGAUGAAACUUCAUUGAGCCACACAUGGAAAUGAGAUAUACUUUUGUUGAUAAGCAUGAUUCAAGGUUUGCCCUUGUAGCAGGACUAUGUACAAGGGCUGUGCUUUGGAGUUACCCUCUUGAUUACUGUUUCUAAGUUUUUUUCAUCAUUUUCACCAGAGAAGAAGAAGCUCACAUCACAACUGGAAUACAGUACCUUGAGCAUGUGUCUUCUGAUCUGAGGCCCCAAGUAAACUUUGUUUUAGCCUUGUUGGUUUUUAUUUGUAGAAUGAUCUAUGUAUUCAGGCAAGUUUACCAUGUAAAAGAUUGGCACCCUCUCUUCAAUCUAAUAAAUAUUUUGUCUAUCCUGAUGUGAAAGGACCACUUCUAAGGGCAUACAGACAACUUGAUCUCCAGGUUCCUAGACUUAACUUCUCCUGACUGUCAACUAAGUAAGAAUGCUGUCUGUGAUGCAGACGGGGAGACUGGAAGAAGAUCUGACACUGCUUACUUGUUCUCCCAUAGUCCACCAAACUGUCAAUAAAUAAUGACUAUUUGUCUCUUUCAUUCUGAGUUGUACUGGAAUUGUUCAACUGGAGUUAAAAGCAACGAUGCCUAUUCACACAUGAUCCAGUUUGUUCACCCUCAACCACCCCAUCCCCAAUCUGUGUCACUUGUAGAAGCCCAGCAUUUUCAGUGUUGUAAUAUAUUUGAGAAACAGGUUAUGGUAGCCUUAUUUUUUAAUAAACAUGCAUACAUUUAGUUGUACAAGUGGAGAGAAUGGGGAAAUAAACUGUGAUUCCAAAUACUUCAUAUUGUUAAUUUGUCAUCCAGUAAGUAAAGGCUUGUUUGUGGGGAAGGAUUUUUCCUCUUUGUACUGGAUACAGUAGUAAUUCUGUUGCCAUGGCUUGGAAGAGUUCAAUGUCUACCAAUUAUUUGAUUGGAUUAAAUGCUCCUAAAAGAAGACAUUUUAAAAUACUUUUUCAUACAAAAACCCAUAAUCAAUGGCAAGUAUAAAAAGAACCAUUCCCUAUUCUCCUACAUAGGAGAGAAUACCACUUUGAAGAUGAUUCUUACUACAGCGCAGGUUUGCGUUUUUAAAAAGUAUGCUUCUUGCUUCAAAAAUAUUGGUACUCUUGUACAAACUGAAUUGAUAAGAUGAAGUGAUUAAAACUCUUAUGAUAAAUUAAAUUAUUUCUUUUAAUACCAA